GACUCAUCCCUUGAAGUUCAGCGAGAAGCUCGCUUCAUUUGUUAUCGCUACUUCCGGCGACGUCACGAAUGACACGUGUAUCCAAGAUGGCGGUGGCGGUAGUGAUGGAAACGUGGACAUUGAUGGUGUUGUCCCUUCUUCAUUCUGCCAAUGCCUUUUAUGUGCCAGGAGUUGCACCGAUAGACUUCCACCAAAAUGAUCCUGUGGAAAUCAAGGCUGUUAAACUGACUAGCUCACGGACACAGCUUCCCUAUGAGUAUUACUCGCUGCCGUUCUGCCGGCCAGAUAAAAUCGUUUACAAAGCAGAAAACCUGGGUGAGGUGUUGAGAGGAGAUAGGAUUGUCAACACUCCAUUCAAGAUGCUCAUGAACAGUGAUAAGAAAUGUGAGGUUCUCUGUGACCAAUCGAACGAGAAACUUUCGGUGGAGAAGAGUAAGCUGGUUGCGGAGCGCAUCAAAGAGGAGUAUUACGUCCACCUAAUUGCUGACAAUCUCCCUGUUGCUACACGGCUGGAGUUCUACCCAAACCGGGAUGGUGAGGAAGAGCAGAAGAAAGAUAUUCAGAAGGAUGUGCAGUUUGAACACGGGUAUAGGCUGGGCUUCACAGAUAACAACAAGUUCUAUCUGCACAACCAUCUGUCGUUUAUAAUCUUUUACCACAAGGAGAAAGUAGAGCAGGGAGAAGAGCCCACCUUCAGGGUAGUGCGCUUUGAGGUUGUGCCACAGAGUGUCAAGUGGGAAGAUCUAAAAGCUGAUAAUAAAGGUUUGUGUACGUUGCCUGAAGCCAGUGGCUCUGCUCCUCAAGAAAUAGACCCCACCAAAGAAAACCAGGUUCUCUUCACCUACUCUGUUCACUGGGAGGAGAGUCUUGUCAAAUGGGCGUCCCGUUGGGAUACAUACCUGACUAUGAGUGACGUACAGAUUCACUGGUUUUCCAUCAUCAACUCCGUGGUAGUCGUCUUCUUUCUUUCCGGCAUUUUGAGUAUGAUCAUCAUUCGAACCCUAAGAAAGGACAUUGCUAACUACAACAGAGAAGACGAUAUUGAAGACACAAUGGAAGAGUCUGGGUGGAAGAACGUCCAUGGUGACGUGUUCCGUCCACCUCGCUAUCCCAUGAUUCUCAGUUCUCUGUUGGGAUCUGGCAUUCAGCUCUUCUGCAUGAUACUGAUAGUAAUCUUUGUUGCCAUGUUGGGCAUGCUGUCACCAUCCAGCAGAGGAGCCUUGAUGACAACCUCCUGCUUCCUCUUCAUGUUCAUGGGUGUGUUCGGAGGUUAUUUUGCUGGCCGUCUGUAUCGUUCUCUGAAGGGCCACAGAUGGAAGAAAGGAGCGUUCUGUACCGCCACCCUGUACCCUGCAGUCGUGAUUAGCAUCUGUUUUGUUCUGAACUGCUUCAUCUGGGGAGAGCACUCAUCUGGAGCGGUGCCUUUUGCUACCAUGGUUGCCCUCCUGUGCAUGUGGUUCGGUAUCUCCAUGCCCCUGGUCUACUUUGGCUACUAUUUUGGUUUCCGCAAACAGCCUUAUGAUAACCCAGUCCGCACCAAUCAAAUUCCCCGGCAGAUCCCAGAACAGAGAUGGUACAUGAACAAGUUUGUUGGAAUUCUUAUGGCUGGUAUCCUGCCCUUUGGUGCAAUGUUUAUAGAACUUUUCUUCAUUUUCAGUGCUAUUUGGGAGAAUCAAUUUUAUUACCUAUUUGGAUUCCUGUUCCUAGUGUUCAUCAUCCUUGUUGUUUCCUGCUCUCAGAUCAGCAUUGUAAUGGUUUAUUUCCAACUCUGUGCAGAGGAUUAUAGAUGGUGGUGGAGAACAUUCUUAGUCUCUGGAGGAUCAGCUUUCUAUGUUCUUAUCUACGCUAUAUUUUAUUUUGUGAAUAAGCUGGAUAUUGUAGAGUUUAUUCCAUCACUGCUUUAUUUCGGAUACACAGCCCUGAUGGUCCUCUCCUUCUGGCUGUUAACAGGAACGAUUGGUUUUUACGCUGCAUAUAUGUUCAUAAGGAGAAUCUACGCUGCUGUCAAAAUAGACUGAGCGCAUAACCCGAGCACAAACCUGUGCUUAUACUUGCGUGUGAGGGGAGGACAGCCAGACAGGACCUCUCAAUUAAAAUGCAAAUUCAAAGUUUAAUUUUCUUUUAUUGCACAGAUCAUGGGCCACGUGGGAUAAGGGGGUUUCAAGUUGGCAGAAGAUACCAUUUUAAAUCUAUUUUGUUUUAUGACUGUUUUGAGUUAACAAUUUACCCUUUACAAAAAAUACUACACAUGGGUUGUGUUGAAGCUACUCUGUCUUCUACUUUGUUUUUCUAAUUCUGAUCAGAGGUAACCUUGAGUGCCUGUUUAUUCCAGGUUUCUGGUCCGGUGAUCUUUUGCAGUUGAUCUGUACAGAGGCUCACAUGGUUGUUCAACUGUUAGACUAGCAUGCAGGGUGUAAAAAGGGGACAGAUGAUGUAAGGUUUGUCAUAUUGUCUGCUGUACAUGUUUCAAUCCAAACAGACAUUUAGCCAGAAGGCAAUGCAGACAACCCUUACAGAGUAUACCUACAAAUGUUGUGACACUAUGUACAUCAGUUGAAUGUUUUUACUUUAAUACUGCUGUUCCAGUGGCAGCAAAUACAAAUUAAUAUAGGUUUUUAAUUAGAAUUUACGUAUAGAAUAUUUACAAAGUUUACUUGUGCCUGUUCUGAAUCCACCCCUAAAAGCAGUCUUGCCACUCGAUUUUCUAAAGCUUCAGUGCCAUUGUUCCCGCUAAAACUAAAAUCAAAUUCAGUACGUGUUAUAAACAUUGGUUUCGCUGUACGACAGACCUGCUGUUUUAAAAUUCAUGAAUACAUUUUUAAGCACCUAAUGCUGCCAAAAACAGUAUGUAGGUUCUAAAGUUGGGAGCUAUUCAGAUUACAUUUUAGGGGUGUGGGGGGGGGACAUGUGACCAAGGAAUGCUUGUACAUAACAUACAUCUGAAAUGUAAAACCAGUUCAAUAUAAUUCAUAAGAGGUAGUAGUCUUGCCAUGUAUAUUGACAGAAGCACCUGAGUGGUUAAAGGGGAAUCUAAGGUUUUUUUGUGUGUGUCAUGCUCGUGUAUUUUAAUAGAUGUUUUACCUUUUUUUUUUUUAUUAUUAUUUUCUGGUAUACAUGAAUCUGAGCUAACUGAUGUUACAAGUCAUGUGCAUAUAUAUAUAUAUAUAUAUAUAUAUAUAUAUAUAUAUAUAUAUAUAUAUUAAAUCAUUCCCAAACACAUGGAACAGGAUUAGCACUAUGUCUGUAAACAGUGGUGUAAGCAUUUAUUGGUUUAGCUUCUGCAUUUCUUUUUGUACAAUAUAAUAAAGUUUGUUACCAUAUGUGGCUUUCAGGCUUGGUUCUGAAUAUCUCCAAGUCUUUCUGUAAAAACCUGUCAACGAGUGCGAGGCCCGGGUGUUUUCUACCUACAGCACACAGUUCACAGAUUUCAAAAGGAAUGUAGAAAUAAGCACGUGUAUGUCAACAGGCACACCAGCUUGCUGUACCCUAAAAAAAUGUGUAAAUGGAAUACAGUUGUUGGCUAACUGCCAGUAGUCAUGUUUCAACUAAGUUAUUUAGAGUGUACCAGCUCUCUUCCCUACAUUCCUGAAUGUGUGGUUGGCUCAACAUGUCUGUUAUUGGUAUUCUUCUGCUUAAACCGGUUUAAAAAAAAAAAGUGUUUUUCUUGUGAUUUUUUUUUUUAAGUAUAUGGAUUCCAUUAAAUGCCUGCUGGAGACCUAUGUGCUGGUGAAUCCUAUCAGUCAACUCAAGAAAUGCACACUGAGCCUGUAGAGUUUUUCCUUUCUUAACCAUUGCUAAAUAAAUUAUUUAUAUCUUACACCGAUGGAGCCAUUUUAUGUGCCUCCAAUUAGAAUACAGCACUGAUACCAUCCACCAUUCAGAGGGUUAAACAUCAAGGCUUGUUUUUAUUAAUUUUAGAUGGACUGUCCCUUUACACUGUUGCACUGAUUGUAAAAGCACACCAUUGGUAAUUUCAUAGCAUCAAACCUGUAAUGUUUUUUUUUUUAAGUUUUUUCGUUUGCUUUUUUUAAAGCCCCUCAAGCUGGUCAUAGAUAUGCAGGGGGAGGGGAAGCAUGUGUAGUUAGAACAAUACAGGGAGUGACCGAUCAUACGGUAGGGAAUGGUGUAGUUGACAACCUGAGCAUGAUUUGUUUCAAGAUGUCUUUGGUGUAAUCCUAAAUAAAUGAUGCUUUGUAUUAUGACGUUCACUCUUCUCAGGUGCUGUAUGUACCGAUCAUGUCAUUGUUUUCAGACUGCAUGUUUUUUUUUUUUUCUUUAUAUAAGAAUGUGAAGUUAUAUAAUGUAUAAAAUAAAACAUGCUUAAUAUUUCCA